UGUGUUUUAGUGUUUGGAUAACUUUCUGCAAGAAUAAGACGUUAGAAUGGGAGAGGGAAGCGGUUCUGGUAAAGCUGGUCUGUGUCCUGGUUUAAUCUGGUCCCUGUGCUGGUUUGUCCUUCUCUGGUUUAUUGGUUGGCCGGUUGCUUUCUUCAUAGCCUGGUUAUACGUCUUCCUCGUUCCCUUCUCGGCUUGUAUACACCCACUCAAAGGAGUCUGCGAUGCUAUUUUAAAAAUCGUGCAGCUUCCUUUGACCUUUGCUGAAAAUAUGAUGUCUAUGAAGCCGUUGUGUUAACUCUGUUUUAAAUUUUAAACCAGAAGUGCAAUAACUAUGCUCAAUCUGAAUACAGCCGUCUACAUAUUUAUUUCAUAAGCUGAUAGACCUCUGUCACUUUUUAGAUAGUGAAAAUCCGUAUUUCGGUUUUGUUUUUAAAUAAAAAGGUACCAGUGGACGUAACCUUUAUUGUAAACAAACACAUCGUUUUUCCACUACUGGACGUCGGUGAUUGAUCGUCAUAGAGGAUCUGUAAACUUCAAAGUUGUUCCCUUUCUUUGGUGCCUUUUAUUUAAAGAAUGAUGCAAAUCGAUGCUAUCAGUGUUACCAUAGACAUAUAUUUUUGUAGAAAACCUCUUACAAUUCCUUUUAUAGCUGAAUAGAUUAAUUUGACGUCUAUCAUCUGUUGAAGGCAAUAUUUAGACGGCUGUGUCACUUAUUAACUAUGGUGCUUUGGAAUCUAACGAGUCAAACGAUGUCUUCAAUAACUAUAUCUAUAUUUUCAUAAUUUUGUACAAUGUAUGUGUGAAGCCAAUUCGGUGUAAAGCGAACAUGGUCGAUGACGAGACCACGAGGUUAUGGAGUUAUCUGUCCAACUGUGGAUCCGCUAGCGAGUAGAGUCAUAGGCUACUUACUCUUCCAGAAAACCGUAUACCUCUUUACAUUACUUUUUAUGGAUUAAGGUUUAAUUGCUAUAAAGAAUAUAUGUAUAUGAUUCUCAGUAAAAUAUAGUCACGACAAAAAAAUGUCUAAGAGUUUGAUAAUUAUGUUAAUACUUCACAAAUAAUCCGUUUAGCUUAUCAUUAAAAUUUGAAAGAAACGAUCAUGUAAUAGUUUUAUAUGUUGUGGUAAGGUUUAGGACUAUAACUCGAGAACUGCAUCUUAACACUAUGGGUUUUUGGGAUCCUUGUUUAUUAUAUCUGCCAUUUUGUGUCUUUACUACAAAAAGUUUAAAUGAUAAUUAUUGUAAACAAACCUAUAAAAAGUAUUUAUAGUCAAAGUCGACUAAAUAUACAACAACAAGUGUCUUGUAAAUGAAUAUGUAUUAUCAUUCAACUGUGAGUAACAACAUGUUUCAGGUUCUGUCUUGAUUUUUUCUAAUCAUUCAUAUUUAAUAAUUCUCAAUAUAUUCUAAUUCGCAUACAGAUUACUUUGUGAUUUUUACUAUUCGAGUCAUUGUGCGGAUGCUGUAUUCAUUACGCCUUGUAUAAAUGGGAAGUGGGGAUUUCGCCUGUUGCUAAAGAAAUAUAAGUCUUAUUGGAAUCUUUGUUAAACCACAUUUGAUGAGUUCUGACGUAAAGAUGUGGCAACAAAUUUGCUUUAUCGAUGAAUACUAUUUUCCACAACCAAGAGGUAAUGAAUACAGUAUAAUUCUAGUCUAUAAUAUAAUAUUAUAUCCAUCGCUUAUCAAUAAAUAUCUUAUUAC